GCAGCGUGUGAGGCCCAGAUCGCUGCACUUGAGGAGUGUUGUAAGAAGUGGUACAAGGAAUCUGGAUGUUGUGCUGGUGUCAAGAUAAAGGACUCUACAACCAACACUGCUGCUUUGAAGACAACAUUUUCCGAUCAAAAAAGUAAUGUCUGAUAGUAAGCAGCCUCGGUGGAGAGAUCUCAAGGCCUCAACACCUAGCAGUGCACAGCCAGGUCUCACAGGUCCCUCUGUUCUACACCAGAAGACUUACAGUUUGAACCUAAAGGCUGCAACUCCUUCAUCUCCAGCUGCAUAUAAGGUACCAAAACCAAAGAAGAUUGGACGAAUACAACUUUGGGCCCGCCGUAAUCCACAGAAAUUUCACUUCUUUGUUGUCACUCUUGGUAUCUCCAUACUCUUUAGCCGGCCAAUCUAUGAUAUAUUCAUAAAGGGACCCAGUGAAGGUCCAAGACCAAGUGGCAAGAAGUUUGGUUCUCUAAUAUAGAAAGUUUGUUUGCAAAAUGGAAACUGCAAAGAGAGCUCAAACUCGAUUGCGGCUGUAUCCCAAACUGAUUGGUGAGUGCAGUCCAUCUGCUAUGGAAUAUGCUCGCUGUGUGGCACUCAAAGAGAAUGUUGUAAA